AAAGGAAAACUUACCGAUAUCCUGGCCCCGUACGCCCAGCUUUGCGCACGCGCUGCUGGAGGUCAUAAUGCAGGUCACUCCUGUCUCGCCAACGGUGUGUCUUAUAGCUUCCACUUGCUCCCUUCGGGUCUUAUCAACCCCAAAUGCAUGAACUUCAUCGGCACCAGUGUUGUCUUUCACGUCCCCUCCUUCUUCCAGGAGCUCGAGGAGUUGGAUGCCAAGGGUCUUCCCAACGUUUACGACCGUAUCCUGGUCUCGGACCGUGUGCACAUUGAUUUCGACCUUCACGCCGCUGUCGACGGACUCGAAGAGGUCGAACUUGGAGAGCGCAAGGUUGGAACGACAGGAAAGGGCAUCGGACCUUCCUACAGUACAAAAGCUGCUCGAAGCGGUAUCCGACUGUCCGAGAUUUUUGACGAGGAGCUUUUCGAAUCCAAGCUCAGAAGGCUGGCCGCCGGCUACGCCAAGCGAUACGGUGACCUUCUCAAGUACGACGUCGAGGAGGAGAUUGCCCGGUUCAAGGAGUAUCGCCCCAAGCUUGCCAAGUAUGCCGUUGACGCUGUGGCUUUUAUGAGCUCGGCCCAGGAGAGCAACACCAGCAUCCUCAUCGAAGGAGCGAACGCGCUCAUGCUCGAUCUCGACUGGGGCACUUUUCCUUAUGUGACUAGCAGCUCUACCUGCUUGGGAGGCUGCAUUGCAGGACUUGCCCUUAACCCAACCAAGAUUGAGGAAGUCAUUGGUGUUGUCAAGGCGUACACGACCAGAGUCGGAUCCGGCCCUUUCCCCACUGAGGACGUGACUGAGGAGGUUGGCGUAAAGCUUCAGGAUGUCGGCCGUGAAUGGGGAACUACCACCGGUCGGAGACGUCGAUGUGGAUGGCUCGACCUUGUUGUCGUCAAGUAUAGCACAGCUAUCAACCACUACACGGCACUGAACCUCACAAAGCUCGACAUUCUGGACGGCUUCGAGAAGAUCAAGAUCGCUAUCGCUUACAAGGACGAAAAUGGCGAGGAUGUUCCUUCUUUCCCGGCGGACCUCAAGCGUCUUGAGAACGUCAAGGUUGUCUACCAUGAGAUGGAUGGCUGGAUGAAGCCCACCACCGAUGCCAAGAACUACUACGACUUGCCUAAGCAAGCUCGGGAGUACAUUGAAUUCAUCGAGAAGUUUGUCGGUGUCAAGGUCAAGUGGAUUGGAACCGGUCCCAGCCGUGACUCUAUGAUCAAGCGGUCUUAG